GAGCCUCCCAAUUUCGGCGUGAUCAAGAUCUCGAACAUACCAUACUCGGUCACCAAAUGGGAAAUCAUGCAGUUUGUCGGCCGCGGUGCCCAGCUCAUUGCACCGAACCAGGGCUGCGCGGUCCACAUCAUCAUGGAAAGAUCCACUGCAAAGACGAUGGACUGCUAUGUCGAGGUUCGGACUAGAGAGAAUGCAUAUGAGACCGUCGCUCGCAUCAAUAGUAUCUAUGAAACUGGCCGCGCUCCUCGUAUGGGAAGUCGCCAUGUUGCGGUGGAAGUGAGCUCUCAAGAUGCUCUUUUGCAUGAUCUGUUCCCUCGCGCUAAGUGCAUUAUCUGGAAUGAUGGCAUCCCAACCGAGCUGCGUAACAUGGACAGAUUCUCUACUGGGUUCUGUGGCUUCUUUACCAGUGAGGAGAUCGUUGGGGCCAUUCGUCAUGCGGAGAUUCCUCAUCGUUCACCUUUUGGAGCCAAAUGUCCCCAGCGGACUUAUGAAUCAACGAUCAGCACUCUUUACAAGUUCCCGUGGUAUGCGACCAGGCUGUACAGCGUACAUGAGCGCAACGAGCUGUUUACAAUGACCAACCGCCAUAUGAUCUCACUUGUAUCCCGCAUCAAAAGAAUAAACACCAUGGGCCUUGAUGAAAGACUGGUCCGUGAUCUUUUGUUCGCUGGGCUUAACUGCCCAGCUUUCAACGAUCGCCAGAAAUACACGCUUUGCAUCAAUGCACAGGAUGUAGGAGAUGCCGUCAAGCUCCCUGAUAUGUCUAGAUGGUUUCCUUUUGACACCUUGGCUAAGAAGCCUACCAAGGACGAAAACUGCCUCAUGUACUACGCCAAAUUGAUAUCCCAGGGUACCACAGACGGCCUCGAAAUCAUGGGUCUGGUCAAUACUUUCCCCAUGCAUAACUACCGCCUCGAUUCUCCCUACGGACGCGUGUGGUUCGAGUGGCCCGAAGCCGUAGCCAAGGAGACCACAUGGGAAGACGCAUCGAGGCACGAGAUGGACCUCCUUUGCAAUCUCAUCGUGAGCGGCUUGUUGAACGACCGAGACAACACGCCCGUCCCGCGUUUCCAGAACCUCGCCAUUGGACCCCCGUCCGCGAGACGUAACACCCAGGGCAGCAGCGUCAGCACUCACGCGCAGUUUUUCCCAGCUUCGAACGCCGAAUCGUCUGCUAUGGUUUCGCGCCGCGCGAGCGACAUGCUGGCUGUCGGUAGUUCCCAUGUCCGCCAUGCUACGGACACAACCUGGAAUCAUAAACUGCUUCUACCUGCUACUAGCAUUCCGGGAGGAGUUCCUGGUCAUCGCAUUACUCGGUCCACUCCUGCUUGUAUCUUGUCGUCUGAGACCCCUUUUGAUGACGAAUACUGAAUGAUAUUGGGCCUGGCUUUCUUUUGAUUUCGUUUGGUCUUGCAAUUGUUGCUCUAGUUGUUCAUACGCGUUUCGGGUAUUAUGCCCAUCCCAUGUUUUCCAAUUCCCAGUUUCUUUUUCUAUUCCAACCCUUAUCACCACCCUAUGCCAUCUGCCCAUUGCUUUUCAGGUCUUGGUACAACUGGACUACUGUAUUUUCAGGUCUCUUGUGAAGGAAGGAUAAGCACCAUGGUUUGUGAAAUUUGGCUUGAACGUUGACUGGAAUUUGGCUUGCAAGAAGCUAGGUUUAUCUGAUGUGGUAUCAUGCCCUAUGUCUUUUUCGUUGAACAGUGUUUUUCGUUGAACAACUCAAGGAAGAUAGGAGAGGACAAUGGAUUUGACCAUUCGAUCCUGCUUUCAUUUACCCUCCACAAUUU